AUGCGUAGUAACGCGAAUGUGCCUGUGUGUGCUGUAUUGACUGUGUAUGUGUCUGUCCCAUCUCCUCAGUGCUACUUGGCCCUGGCUAAAGGCUGCCUGACCCCUGACCACCUGCUGCUGCUGCCCAUCGGCCACUACCAGUCAGUGGUGGAGCUGGCCUCUGAGGUGGUGGAGGAGCUGGACAAGUACAAGAGCGCCCUGCGCAAGUUCUACAAGAGCCUCGGCAAGCGUUGCGUGCUCUUCGAGAGGAACUACCGCAGCCAGCACCUCCAGCUGCAGGCAGUCCCUGUGCCACUGGAUAAGUGCGCCACAGACGACCUGAAAGAAGCCUUCAUGGUCCAGGCGCAGGAGCAGCAGAUCGAGCUGAUGGAGAUUCCCGAACACACAGAUCUGAAGCAGAUUGCCCCUCCAGGGACUCCGUACUUCUAUGUGGAGCUGGACUCUGGAGAAAAGCUCUUCUACAGGAUCAAGAAAAACUUCCCCUUGCAGUUUGGCCGAGAGGUGCUGGCCAGUGAGUCUGUGUUGAACAUCCCAACGCGGGCCAACUGGAAGGACUGUAAAUACACACGUGAGGAAGAAGAGGAUAUGACCAAACAGAUCCGCAGCAAGUUUGAGCCCUUUGACUUCACCAUGGAAGACUGACCUUUGACCUCACCCUGGAGGACUGACCUUUGACUUCACCCUGGAAGACUGACCGACCAUCACACUCACAGACCUCCACUGUACAGAUCUCCUCUGAGAAAGAGACAUUGCCACACCUCACCUGAGAAGGAAUCUUACGGAGAGGGAGGGAGGGAGGGAUUCCCAAACCGCAUGUCUCCUGUCUACGGUCUCGCUUGCACACUCUACAUUAACUCCUCAGUGUCCUUGAUUGUUAUUGUUUUAAUCACUAGAGGAUUGACCCACUCACACCCACCAUCCUCACUACACACACAAACUCACACCCACCCUCCUCACCACGCUUACACACACACACACAAACACACACAAACACACACCCUUCCUUUCAGUUCAAAUCAUCUCUUAUAAAGGGAUGUUUUGACAGUUGCUUGGUAUUCCAAGAAAAGUGAGAGAGUAUUGCUAACUUCAUCUUGUCUGAAUUAGAAAAGGGUUCCCAAACAGGCACAGACUGGGUCCUCUGCACCAGUACAUCUGUUGCAUUGUCCAGUUGAUCCAAUCAAGGGCCAGUUGACCGUAUCGAGGGCACUGAUGACAUUAGAUGAGUGUGCUGAAGCAAAGAGAGGGGUGACAUGUGCUGAGUGAGGAUCUCGUAGUAGGACUGGCAAUUUAGACACCCUUUUUUCUUUUUAAUAGUAUUCUUUUCUAGACAACAACCAACUGGAAGGGCUGGUACCUGAACUACGCAGGAUUGGGUUUGUGGUUCCUGCAUGUGGAAUUAACUUCCUGUCCACCUUUUCUCCCUCUCUGUGUUAAUUUGUAUUUUUGGGGUACUGGGUGAGUUUAAAUAGGGAGGAGAUGACUGGUGCUUUCCACCCUAGUUAAUAUCAGAGCGCCCUGUUUUAAGGUGAGUUCAAGGUUAAAAAGGUCAAAUAGUGGACUGUUUAGGGGGUUCAGCUGAAAUGGAGAGUAACCUUCUUCCUUUUAACCUUGCGCUUUGAUUGUCUGAACGGGAAAACUGUUUGUCUAAGAUGUCACAUGGGGGGGAGGAGGAAAAGAGUGUUUUUAACUAGUCACUGAUGUCACUACCAAAGCAGCCAAUGAUUGGCUGAUUUAUUUUUUUUAUUAUAAUUUUUUAAGUGAAGCUGAUUCAGCGGUUUAUCUGGCUUGUUCUGGUUUUAAACUUACUUUUGAGGUGUUGGCAUUCAGGUGAUUUCAGGUUGUAUGGAUUUUGUACUUUGUCUCCAUAAUUAAAAUUUCCUUUUCAA